AAAACGAGGUGUGUGCAGUGCAGUGGUCGUCGGGUCAGUCAUCGCUCCUCAGUUCACAGAGAGCACGAGAGCGGGAGGAUGUUGACAGUCUUUUUGGUUAUACUGGCGACCGCUGCAGCCUUGGGGCUCGGCCAAGAGGUGGGUGACUCAUGCACAACGGAUUCCGGGGAGGCCGGUAGGUGCACGAAUCUCCAGCAGUGCCCCAGCCUCCACAACACUCUCAGUACACAUAAACCGGUCACCUGUGGCUUCGAGGGUAUUGUCCCUAUUGUGUGCUGCCCUUCUACGGGAGAUGUUAUUCCCAAAAGUCCGGAUGUCACUCCUUCAUCCGCCACCUUCGACGUCUCGCCUCCCCAAGUCAGCUUCGAGUGUGGCAUCAGCAGACCACGUAUCAUUAGAAAACCUGAGUCUUCUUUCCGGCGGCGGCGGUCAAGCAGUCACUCCCUCCACCGUGGGGAUGUGGGGAGAAGUAAACGUUCUGUGGUUGGUGGCAUAACGUCCAAGGUCGACGCCUGGCCCUGGAUGACACUACUCGGGAAGAGCAGUGCGGGUGGUAAUACUUGGUUCUGUGGCGGAGUGUUGAUCAACGAGCAGUGGGUUCUCUCAGCUCUCCAUUGCUUCUUCGAUAUCACGGCCAAUGUGGUGCGUCUUGGUGAACACGACUACAACGACAAUGAAGACGGCGCCAAUCACAAGGACGUCAAAGUGGCCGAUGUGGUGCUCUAUCCUCACUUCAACCCCGGUACAGCCUACCACGAUCUGGCCCUCCUCAAGCUGGAGUCCAAGGUCACCAUACAGAGGUCUAUCAGACCUGUGUGCCUCCCUUGGGGGACGGAGAGUGAAAAGAACAUUACCGGCGAGACGGCAACACUCACUGGUUGGGGCGACACAUCAUUCGGCGGAUUCUCCAGCUCUGUCCUACAAGAAGUUGACCUGGUGACGUUCCCAUCUGCCCAGUGUGACAGCAGCUACUCCAGCCUGCCCCAUUAUGCAGACACCUGGCCUCAAGGCAUUGGACAGGAGACACUGUGCGCCGGAGACCCUGCCGGAGGACGGGACGCUUGCCAGGGUGACUCUGGCGGACCCCUGGUGUCUAAAGACGCCAAUGGACGCUUCGUGUUGGCGGGCAUCGUGUCGCGAGGGUAUGGUUGUGGCCACGAAGACUACCCAGGACUGUACGCCAGUAUACGCCACCCGCCCUACCUCGCCUGGAUAAAGGAGGUUGCGUUUAGCAGUCCUUGAGCACCACCACCACCACCACCUUGAUAACAAUUUAUGCAGCUUUUUUUUUUUUUUUCGUCAUUCAUGAAGCAUAUAUAUAUAAAUAUAAAUAUAAAUAUAUAUAUAUAUAUAUAUAUAUAUAUAUAUAUAUAUAUAUAUAUAUAUAUAUAUAUAUAUAUAUAUAUAUAUAUAUAUAUAUAUAUAUAUAUAUAUAUAUAUAUAUAUAUAUUUUAUUUUAUUUUUUUUUAAGUGGUGUUGGUGAGUUAAGUGAAAGGAUGAAGAUAAUGUUAGCAUAUGAACGAUGAAUAUACAGUAUAGAAGCACUACAAGGGAACAUGCAAAGAGGAGGCCUGGAAAAGAUGGAUCUAUAUAUGAAGGAAUAGAGCUUAAUAUAGGAUAAUGUUUUCAAGAGAAAAUGAGCUGAGAAGCCUUUCGAGUUUAGCAUCCCCUAGAAAAGAAGGAAAAGCUGAAUACAAAAUUUUUCAUUACAUUCGCAUAUAUGUAUUACAAAAAAUAAAGUAUGAUGUAA